AUGCUUCUAUCCAGCAUCAACCAGGACCAGGGUGACAAUGGAGCAAAGCAGCAUCACAUCACUAACAUUGUACUUGCCCUGCGGCUAGGAUAUUGUGUGGCACCCUGCCAAGGGUCAUCCACGAGGGUGAUGGCAGCACUGAACUCAAAACAGUCUGACAAAGUGCUGGAGGACAGCCAGAGAUGUUGCUUCUGGGAAAGCUCUAUGAACAUUCUGAAAGGGGUGGGAGUUUUUCGCUCCUGUUGUCCCUUGGCUGAGGUAAGGGUGAGCAGGAAACGCAGCCGAGCUGCUCGGGGGCUUGCUGAAGCCAUUCCUGACAAAACCGGCUCCGCCUGGAAGGCUGCUUUGCAAAUGCCGGCAAGCAAGGAGGACGCUGUCUGUCUUUUGUGGAGAGCAAUGGCGUGGAACGGGAGACGGAGCAGAGGUAGCCUCAGGCAAGUGAUCUUGUUCCUUCUGUGCGUUUGCGUGUGGCAGAGCGGGGCCGAAAGCCUCCGCUAUUCUGUGGCGGAGGAGAUGGAGAGGGACUCCUUUGUGGGCAAUAUUGCCCAGGACCUGGGGCUGGAUCCGAGCCAGCUGGCAGCUCGCAAGGCGCGCGUUGUGUCCGAGGGGAACCAGCAGCUUUUCCGCCUCGACUGGAGCACCGGAGUGCUGACGGCUACGGAGUCUCUGGACCGAGAGGAGAUCUGUCCUCAGAGCGAAACCUGCUCGCUCUUCUUUACACUCUUCCUUGACAAUCCGUUGCAGCUAAUCCAAGGGGAGGUGGAGGUUCUUGACGUGAACGAUAACUCCCCCAUGUUCCCGGAGAAGGAAAUGGUUUUCGAGAUUCUCGAAACGACACCUCCUGGGUCCCGUUUCCCUCUGGAUAGUGCCCAGGAUAUAGACGUCGGCAGUAACGGUUUGCAGAAUUACAGCCUCGGAUAUAAUGCGCACUUUUCCCUCACUCUCGGAUCCGCGAAAAGUGGAGUAAAAUAUCCAGAGCUCGUCCUAGAGAGGCAGCUGGACCGAGAAGAGCAGCCAGAAAUGAAAUUUCUCCUCACAGCCACCGACGGGGGCUCGCCACCUAGGUCAGGCACUUCUCUGAUACGUAUCGUGGUGCUGGAUGCCAAUGACAACAUUCCAAUGUUUAGUCGGGACGUCUACGAGGUGAGCGUAGCUGAGAACAGCCCCCCGGGGCAGCUGGUGGUCAGAGUCGCGGCCACAGAUCCCGACGAGGGGUCCAACGGAAAAGUGCAUUAUGCUUUCACACAGAUACCAGAGGAGUCCCGGCAGCUCUUUGAUAUAAAUCCUGACACCGGGGAGUUUCGGGUUGCAGGAAAAUUGGACUUUGAGGAAACAAAAAUCCACGAACUGACGGUGAGAGCCUCUGAUGGCGGAGGGCUGUAUACUCAUUGCAAAGUCCACGUGGAUAUCGUGGACGUGAAUGACAACGCCCCGGAGAUACAGUUGACGUCACACACUGCCUCCAUUCCCGAGGACGCUCCGCUGCGCACCCUCGUGGCCCUCUUCAGCGUGCGGGACCGGGACUCAGGCGACAACAGCAGGACAGAGUGCACCGUCGAAGGGGACUUGCCCUUCACUCUCACCCCAACUUUCAGUAUUUUCUACGAGCUGAGAACCAAUGCGGCGCUCGACAGGGAGACGACAGCAGAGUACAACAUCAGCAUCCGAGCGACGGACUGGGGCCCGCGGCGCCUGAGCUCUCGGCAAAGCCUGUGGGUGCAGGUGUGGGACGUGAACGACAACGCGCCCGCCUUCAGCCAGGAACUUUACAGCAUGUGGGUGACGGAAAACAACAGCCCCAUGGUGCGCAUCGGCAGCGUGCAGGCCAGCGACGCGGACGCGGGCAGCAACGCCCGCGUGCAGUACGCGCUAGAGCGGGAGGAGGGCCAGGAGCAGCCCGCGCUGUCGGUCAGCUCGGAGAGCGGCGACGUGUACGUGGUGCGGUCGCUGGACUACGAGCGGCUGCGCGCCUUGGAGGUGUGGGUGCGCGCGGCCGACGGCGGCUCGCCGGCGCUGAGCGCGCGGGCGCUGCUGCGCGUGCUGGUGCGCGACGAGAACGACAACGCGCCGGUGGUGCUGCACCCGGGCGCCGAGAGCAGCGCGGGCGCGGGCGAGCUGGUGCCGCGCUGGGCGCCGGCAGGCUACCUGGUGGCCAAGGUGGUGGCGGUGGACGCGGACGCGGGGCAGAACGCGUGGCUGUCGUACGAGCUGGCCAAGGCCACGGAGCCGGGGCUCUUCCGCCUGGGGCUGCACAGCGGCGAGGUGCGCACGGCGCGGGCCGUGGCCGAGCGCGACGCGCCCCGACACAGGCUCGUCGUGCUCGUGCGAGACCGCGGACAGCCGCCGCGCUCGGCCAGCGCCACCCUCGCCAUCGCCCUGCUCCACGACUUCUCCGACGCCCACCUGCGCCUCAGCCACGAGGCGCCGCCCGCCGAGCCCGACGACACGCUCACUCUCUACCUCAUCGCCUGCCUGGCCUGCGUGUCCGCCCUCUGCCUGGCCACCGGCCUGGCCGCCCUGCUCUUGAAGCUGCGGCGGGACAGGCGCAAACACGCCGCGCCCUUGCCCACCUUCCCAACAGCUGUGGCCGAGAGCGACGCAGGUUCCCUACCCCGCAGCCUGAUGUACGACGUGUGCUUGGCCACCGGCAGCCUGAGCAGCGACUUUCACUUUCUCGGUCCGCUUUUGCCCUGCCUCCCGGCCGGGCUGCCCCCUGGUGUAGCCCCACAGCGGAGCUCGGUGUGCUCACAAGAGGCGUCCGACAUCGCGCAAGGAAGAAACUCAGCUGCACAGGGAGUCAGCAGCACCUCCCACUUUGAUAUCAUCAGCAAAGUUGUUAAUGGUGCGUUCAACUGCUGCAUCUGGAUUAUUGAUAUAUUGUUGACCACGGACACGCAGCUUCCUCUGCCCGCCCCGGCUCUGCGGCACCGGUGCACAAAAACAGCCGAGAGAGCUGCUCGGGAACGGCAGAAGAGAAAAGCAGCCGAGCUGCUCGGGGGCUUGCAGAAGUCCUUCGCCUUCAUUCCUGACAAACACGGCUCAGCCUGGGACGCUGCUUGCAAAUGCCGGUAA